AUGUCGAGCAAGAUGGAGCUGCUAGAGUGCCCCAUGUGUCCAUUUACUGUCCUUCCAAAAGAUGACUACAUCCUCCAGCUGCACUUUGAGCAGGUGCAUACCACCGACUCCCCUUUCAUAAUUAAAGACGAUCCUGAACCGUUGCCACCUUCAUUACCACCCAGGCCUUCCUCAAAUCCGCAGCAUGCCGAGGACACGACUUCCUCCGACGACUCUGACCAUGAAGAAAGCUCCAUGGUCUGUCCUAAAACAAACUGUGCCGAAGUUGUUCCCUUUUCCGACUUCAACGACCAUCUCGAUUACCACAACGCAGAAACUUUAUCAUUCGACGAGACCACCGGAAAGUAUAUUUCUCAUCAUUCAUCCCACAAUAUGCACAGCUCCACAUCUACUCGCCGGUCCCGUACGAGCCGCACCAAGGCUGCAUCUGUUGAGCACAACCUGGACACAGACUCAUCAGAAGCCCAGAAGGCAACCAAGAGCCAUGAGCGCAAAGCGAAGAAACAUUCCCACCGCCACAGGCGCGAUACCGACGACAGUGAAAAGAGCACGAUUGGCAGAAGCAUCAUGGGGUUCAACCCUUUCACAAAGUCAGACAAGACUGUCAAGCCACCAGUAAAGAGUGCUCGUCUUGGGAAAUCCGAACUCGGACCUUAUGCCUGGGAAAAACGUAUGCCUAGGUGGCUGCACGAUCAGCUUGAUGCUGGUCCGAAGAUCAUCAACGUCAAUCGGAUCGGCCGAGACGGACGCCUUAUCAAGCACGAGCAGGUGCAGAACGAGACGCCUGGUAUCAUACCUAUCCUCGCUCAACUAUCUGCUUUGGAUCGUACUGUCAAGGACGCUUACUACUGUCACCCUUCCACACUCCACGUUGGCAAAACUCCAAACGAAGGUGGCUUCUGUGGUUACCGGAACAUACACAUGUUGCUUUCCUACAUUCAGGGUGCGAAAGCUCAGGGAUACGAAGAGUUUCCAGGAAGGCUUCCAAGCAUCCUGAAGAUGCAGAAUCAUAUAGAAGAUGCUUGGGAUCACGGCAUCAAUCAGAUUGGUCGCAUCCAAACGGGUGGCAUCCGGGAUACCAGAAAAUACAUCGGCACGCCAGAGGCACAAGCUUUCUUCCUAAAUGCAGAGAUCAAUUGUGCUGUCGAACAGUUCAGUGAUAACAAAGAAACUGGCACACCUGCCCACGAAGCACUUCUCGCAGCUAUGGAACGUUACUUUACCCGGGCAGCUGUCAAUGAUGGUUCCAAUGUCCACAAAACCCUUUUGCCGCCCAUAUAUCUUCAACAGCCAGGCCAUUCAACCACCAUCAUCGGUUUUGAACGCCACUAUGAUGGCAAUUGCAAUCUUGUCGUCUUCGAUCCCAUGUAUUCCACUAGCCCUGCUAUGCAUAAGCUGCUUGGCCGGAAGAACAUCAAGAGUGCUCGACCGGAGGUUCUAUACGCAUAUCGACGCGGCGCUGGCAAACUCAAAAAGCAUGCUGCUUUUGAAAUUCUUAUGUGA